AGAAAGAGAACAAUUAUGAUUUAUAAAUCUCAUAACUAAUUCAUUAUUUUUUCAGCUUUUUGAAAGAAUAGCUCAAUCAUAGCUUCUAAACUUAUUAUUAUUACUCCAUCAUUCCCUUUUUUUUUUCUCUAAACAAAUUAAUAAUAAUAACAUUUCACUGUCCUUCUAGAGAGAGAAAGGAAAACCGUGAAAUCGGGUGGUGACGGAAUCACCCUAAGUUCCGAACAACAACAACAACUACUACAACGUUUCUGUUCUGUCCUGCUUUGAUUCUCCUAUGUCGAUUUUGUUAGUACCAGGCAGAGUUCAUAUAUCUGGUUGGUAGUACAAAUUGGCACUCAAGUCAACUCAUGAUUCUUGACUCAAGUUUUAAGAUAACCGUCACGGUCGGUUAAAGAUUUUUUCGAUUUCGGUUGGUACAUGUGUUGCACUAAUAGUAUCGGGGCCUUCAAAUACUGUUUUGUAGUGCCGGUUUCGUCGAGUAAUUCUACUAAAAUGGGUCAACAAGUUUUCUCCUUAUUUUUUCUUGAAAGAAAGAAACUGUUGUGCCUUAUUAUGAUCAUUACCUUUGCACUCAUUUUAGUAUUCCAAUAUUUUGAGCUUCCUUAUGGUAGUAACAUUCUAGUACCCUCUAAAUUCGAUACUGAAAAAACAUCAACAUUAUCAAAUACUACUAUAAUUCAUCAACCUGCUGCGUCGGAAAUGUUUAACAAUGUUACCCUUUUGAAUCAAACAUAUUCACAACAUCCUUUUGAAAAAGUUAAUGAAACUAGGUUGUAUGAGGAAAAUGAUACUAUGUCUAGACCUGGAAUUAUAGGUGUGAAUUUGACGAGAGAGUUAAACAAUUCAUAUGCUAGUUUUCAUUCUCCUUCUCCUAGUCCUGCAAUUGCGCCAACAAAUUUGACUCCUACUCCUGCAAGUCCUCCAACAAAAACGCUAUCAAAUGAUUCUGAAAUUGCGGAUUCUAUCAAUGAUGAGAGGUUCAAGCCAUUACAAGAUGAUGAUGUCGAUGUAAUUAGCAGCAACCAGUCUUCUAUCACAAUUUUGCCUAAGGAGAUGAGUGGUUCUGUUAUUAAAGUUCCAGAGACGACAUCAAUCUCGGAUAUGAACAAGUUAUUGCUUCAAAACUAUGCUUCGUAUCGAUCCAUGAGGCCAAGGUGGUCUUCAGCUGUUGAUCAAGAGCUACUACAAGCUAGAUUUGAGAUUGAAAAUGCACCUGUUGUAACUGAUCUUGGAAACCUUUAUGCUCCUCUUUUUCGCAAUGUUUCCAUGUUUAAGAGGAGCUAUGAAUUGAUGGAAAAGACUCUCAAAGUGUAUGUAUACAGAGAAGGGUCUAAGCCGAUAAUGCAUUCACCAUAUCUUUUGGGAAUUUAUGCUUCCGAGGGAUGGUUCAUGAGGUUGAUGGAAGCUAAUAAAGCAUUUGUUACUAAAGACGCAAAGAAGGCGCACCUGUUUUACUUACCUUUCAGUUCUCGAAUGCUCGAGGAAACAUUGUACGAUCAGAAUUCGCAUAGUCACAGGAAUCUAAUGCAGUAUCUGAAUAACUAUGUAGACAUGAUCGCUGGAAAGCAUCGGUUCUGGAAUAGAACAGAAGGCACCUUCAGAAACAAAGCAGCGGAUGGCGAAGUGCAUAAGAUCUCUAUGUAACGCCGAUGUCAAAGAAGGUUUCAUGUUAGGUAAAGAUGUAUCACUUCCCGAAACCUACGUCCGCAAUGCUCAGAAUCCGACUAGAGACCUCGGCGGAAAACCACUUUCAAGGAGGAAAACUCUUGCCUUUUUCGCAGGCGGUAUGCACGGUUUCGUCCGUCCAAUUCUUCUACAGCACUGGGAAAACAAAGAUCCCGAUAUGAAAAUCUUCGGUAUGAUGCCAAAGUCAAAAGGAAACCGGAACUACAUCCAGUACAUGAAAAGUAGCAGGUAUUGUAUUUGUCCAAAGGGAUAUGAAGUCAACAGUCCAAGAGUUGUCGAGGCUAUCGUCUACGAAUGUGUUCCGGUUAUUAUAUCAGACAAU